GGACUUUUAGGGGGCGGGAGCCAAAAACAGGAGUUUUAUUUUUUGUCUACAUAAAAAAAGAAAAAACCCCAUAAAAUUACAAGGAAAGAUCUUUAUAUCAGAAGCUACACACCAAAAUAGAGUUUUUAGGGUUACAGCAGCGAGGGAGAGACACACAGAGCCAGAAGGGGUAGAAUGGGAAAUCAGAAACAAAAAUGGACGCCGGAGGAAGAGGAGGCGCUUCUAGCCGGAGUCGCCAAACACGGCCCUGGCAAGUGGAAGAACAUCCUUAAAGAUCCCGACUUUGCCCCUUGCCUCACUAAUCGUUCCAACAUUGACCUCAAGGAUAAAUGGCGGAAUUUAAGUGUUAGUACUUCUCAAGGCUCCAGAGACAAAUCAAGAGCACCCAAGGUAAAAGCCAUUGUUGCUUCCCUUUCCAACACUCCCAAUUCUGCUCCAGCUGCUUCACGUGCGCACAAUGUAACUGCUGAUACUGCCGUGGGUGAUCCUUCAAACAGCACCUUAGAUGGGAAGAAUGCUCCUAGGUAUAACACAAUGAUUUUUGAAGCCCUUUCAACUAUUAAAGAUGCAAAUGGAUCUGAUAUUAGUGCAAUUAUAAGCUACAUUGAGCCUAGGCAUGAGGUUCCAUCAAAUUUUAGAAGGUUACUAAGUUCUAGGCUGAGAAGACUUGUUUCUCAAGGCAAGCUGGAAAAGAUACAAAAUUGCUAUAAGAUCAGAAAAGAUGCCUUGAUGGUAACAAAAACACCUACCCUUAAACAAAAAGAUAUUAGGUUACGGCAGAAUUCUGGUGCAGUAAGUUCUGGUGAAACAGUGGAAGAAGCAGCACUUACAGCUGCCUAUAAAGUAGCUGAAGCAGAAAAUAAAUCGUUUUUAGCUGCUGAAGCAGUUAAGGAGGCGGAAAGAGUCUCAAAAAUGGCAGAAGAUACUGAUUCAAUGCUACAGCUUGUGAAAGAAAUCUAUGAACAAUGUUCACGAGGUGAAGUUGUUCUAUUGGCUUGAGUCUUAGCUUCUUAGGAUGUAAGUGAUAGGAGUCUUUCCUUCAUAAUUUUUGGAAUCUGUUUGUAUGUAAAUCCGUUGAUCAUGUGAAUCAAUGCAUCGCCAUUGUGUUGAAAUGCAUUGGAAAUUAUUUCCAUCCAAGAUCAAUGAUGAAUCUAUAGUUAUUGUACAAUUAGCCCAUUAUAUUGAGAGUGGAAACUAGUUUUGACUUUUGGAGACAGUGGAUUAGGCCUUAGGGGAAUGUACAUUUUAGAGUUAUAUACUGAAUAAACUUUCUUACUCCCAUGGCUUUAUGUGGCACAAUGAAGAACCUACUUAUCAAUGGAUACUAGGAUGGGGAUUAAGCUACGUAGGAAUUUGCCUGCUGAAGAAGAAGCAUGCUCAGUUUCACCAAUCCACCAACUCGGGACCUGAUAAAAGUUACCUUUUGCCAUUUUAUUUCAGUUGCUCUAGUUUAUCAAGCCCUGAUUGAAGGCCAAUAGCCAUAGGUGAGUUAACUGGCCGGUGGGUUAGCUCGACAGAGGAUGCUGAAAAAUGGCGAGUAGCUGGUUUGCCAGCAGCGUUAGCUCCCGAGUCUCAAAGCCAAGACAUUCUUAUCAUGAAAAUUCUUUAUAAUUUUGAUCUAAAGCCAAAUUAUUCUAAGUCUUCACAUUUAGUUUUCUCUUCUUCUUUCCCUUCCUUUCUUUUGUGCCAAAAAAAAAAAUCCAUUGGAAGAAUGAGCAUUGCCCCAGGCCCCAGGCCCCAGGGGUAAGCUUAGUUUCCAAUCAACGUCUUCAUCGCUAACCGCAGCAAAUCCAUCGAGAUCCAUAACUUCCUUGGGUAGAAGAAGCUGCGAAAGGUGGGGAAUGUUUAUCAAGAGAAAAAUAUAUGUCACGUGACAUGCACGGGAAGUUAACGGUGAUUCUAGAAAAUUUUGACGGAGUUAAGCACUGAUAAGGGUGCUUUCUGCAUUUUACGGUUUUUAAAUUUUACCCAAAUAUUGAACUGCAAAGAUUGUCGCUCUGUUUACACUCUUUCUUCUACUAUUUCGAAAUUCCAUAUGCUCUCUCUCAAGAACAAGCUUCAAAAGUCUCAGAUCUCUGCUUACAUUUGAUUUGAAUCCUAAAAUUUCGGGGUUUUUUUUUUUUUUUUCAUUUUAUUCCCUUUUCCGCUAAUAUUAGGUAAUUAUCUGAUUUCUGUUUGAUUAUCUGCAUUUGCAUGGUUUUCACUUUCCAGUCCCUUUUUGGUUGAUGAGAAAAUAAAGGUAAGUAAAAGAAAACAAAUCUUUUUUUUAAUAAAAGAAUUGAUAUUUCUUUGAUUCAAGUAUGCUGCUUUAAGUAAUCAAAUAUGUCUUUUCUUCAUUUCUUAACUAAUAGCAAUUGUAUUCACAAUUUUUUUUACUUACUUUUGGUUACUGACAUACGUUUUGG